AUGAGUUCUUCAACAGCCAUGUUGCUUGAUGGAGAUAUUGCAGUCAACUGUUCAUGUUCGAUAACUCUUGCUCUGACAUUCAACGUGGUACAGUUAUGGGGCAUCGUGAGCAACACUAUGAUCCUGGUCAUCCUCGUCCGGUCUCGGAUGAUUCGAGAGAACACGGGGAAGAUGCUAGCCAACGAGGCCGUGUGUGACAUCCUCGUGAACAUGGCUGCCGGCGCCAUGGCAACGGCCAACUUAUUCCACAGAAGGAUCGCUGUUAUUGGGGUACCCAUCAUCACGUCAUUGUCUUGCGUCAGAGCCUACUGUCUCCUGGGGAUCAGCUUCGUGCUCUACAUGGCGAUAUGCCAUUCCUUGAAGUACAGAUAUUACGUCACCUCCAACCGAACAAUCGCUUAUGCCCUCCUCGUGUGGUGUCUUGUACCCGUCGUGUUGCUCGUUAUCUAUUUAGAAGGGACGUUCUAUGCGAGAAAAGAGCGCUAUGGAUUCGUACAGAUUCACUACACUUCAUCCAAUUGGUGGGUUGGAAUCUUCAUCAGUUUCAACGCCUGUAUUUUACCUUUCGUGGGCAUAGUGACAUGCGUUUACAAGACUGUCACCUACAGCCAGAAUGUGAUAUUUCCGGCCAUGUACGCCAACAGUGGGAGCUUGGUGAAAAUUCGAUUGGCGAAAAUGGCGAUGUUAGCCUCGUUUCUGCACUUGCUUUCUCAGGUUCCAGGGCAGAUGAUUUCCGGUUUGCACGUGACGUCCCCCGUGGGUGUUGCGAUCGGAUACAUGUUGACGUUUGUGUACCCGUCGUGCAAGUUCUUUAUUUAUGUUUAUAUUCUGAGAAAUUUCAGGAAAACUGCAAAAUAUAUUUGUAGAUGUUUUUGCAAAGGUAGCGCCGUGAAUCCAACACAAAAUCGACCUUUAAUUUCAAUACUGGCUACUUCCGAUUUAGACAGACGAUGA